AUGGACAAUCCUCCAGAGCCCAUGCCCAAGGUCUCGAUUGAUCCUCUACCCCCAGCAGCAGAGUCACCUCCCUCUCCGCCCCCUUCUCCACCUCCACCAGAGCAACUCGUCGUCACCAGCCAUGGAGGCUCCGUCGUUGCAGUCCCGGCAGCAGAACCAACACUCGAAAAGGCUGUGACACCUCCAGCUUCUGGACCCAAGCCUCCAUCACCACCUCCCGCGCCUCCAGUUGUUAUCGUUGCUCCUGAGCCUCUCCCACCACCCAGCCCUUCUCUCAUUGCUGUUCCUGCAAAUGUCUCGCCACCGGCCUCUCCGGUCAUUGCACCAAUCCCUGUCGUCGUCCAGCAAGUGGAGCCGAGCUCUACUCAGACCACACAUGUUGAAGCGCCACCCGCACCUAUCGUGUCAUCGACCCCUUCAUCACCAAGUGUCUCCCCGACAGUGAUCAUAGAGUCGCCAAAUUCUAUAUCGCCAGCUCCAGUAUCACCAGUCAUCGUUGCCGCUCCGUCAAGCACAACUCCUGCUCCGGUUGUACCGCUGGCUGCGGCUCCUAUUGCAUCCAUACAGAGAGUCGGAACAACUACUCAAGGGAGCACUGACAGGGUGCCCGUCCUCGUUGCAAGCAAAUCUUCGCCCGAACUACAACAAGAGGCGCAUGAAGUACGCGCUAGGCCAUCAUUCUUGUCCUUCCGAUCUAUGCCCUCCGAUACUUUUAUCAGACGUGACACGCAUGUUGUGGUCGUUGAUCCUGUUGACGAGGGUGGCCACCCAAAGAGACAUUGGAGAGACAAAGUCAGAAAGUUCUGGGUUUCCAAACUUGGUGGCAGACUAUUCCUGCGUCUUCUGCUGGGAGAGCAAGGUAGCAAUGUUGCAACUGCCGUGGUUUCAAGAUAUUGA